AUGAGAGCCACGCGUCCCGUCCUGGUCGGUGCCCUUCUGGCCCUGCUGCUCUGCCUCCCCAGUCCCGGUCAUGGAGAAUCUUACUUUGGGGACAGCUACUGCAGUUUACAAGCCUUCCAAGAUGUCUCCACCUUCCACCUGUCACUACAGAUCAAGACGAGUCGGCGAAGUGGGCUGCUGUUUCUGGCUGCAGGAAUGGAGGACUACCUGUUUCUUGAGCUCCAAAACGGGAAAGUACAGGCACGGAUGAACAUGGGGGCUGAUGAGGUGACACUGUCCUCGACCCAAGGGUUGCAGCUGAACAACCUUCUGGACCACAAAAUCUCUCUCACACUGGGCGAUGGCAAACUUACCAUGAUAAUUGAUGAGCUCUUCCCAACAUUUGUUCCUGUGGAUGACGACGGCGAACAGCUCAAUAUAGACAUGGGCAUUUUGCUUGGAGGAACCGGAGACCUGGAUGCUCCCUACAUCAGCAAUGCCAUUCCCCCUUUCCGCGGUUGCAUUACUCAGGUCAAAUUUGAGUCCCACCAGUUUGAUAUUCUCAGCACGGCAUUUAAGCAAUGCCACGACACGAAGGAAUCCUGCAGCAGUGAGUUUGAGGCUGGUGAUGGGGAGGCAACUAGUUUCAGCACCCCUGAUUCCUUUGUGUCCUUCCCCACCUGGAGCGGGGCUAGUGGUGCUCCAAGGGUCUUAGAAAUCCUAAUGAAAACCACCAUUGAGGACGCGUUGUUAGUUUUCCACCCUGGCCAAGAGUCGGACUUCAUUUCUGUUGGUGUUGUGAAAGGCUAUCUCAAAGGCAUGCUGGACCUUGGCAAUGGCGUGGAGGUAAUAGAUAAUACCGAGGUGCAGCUGGAUGAUGAUCAGUGGCAUAGAGUUAAGGUGCAAGUCAGUCAGGACUCUUUUGUCCUUAAUGUAGAUAGCCAGUCUGUCUCCCUUCCUCUUGACUCAUCACAAAAAUUGGACUUGGUUGGAAACUUGUAUCUAGGAGGCAUACAGGGGAAAAUGAAGGAUGUCUUUCGUGAGAGCGGGUCUUUAAGUCGUGCAGAAGAGGAAAUGACAGCCGAAUCCUUCAUUGGUUGUUUGGGGGAAAUCAAAGUAAAUCAGAAGGAUAGAAGCCUGCAGGAUGCUUUGGUGACCAAAGAUGUUCAUGUCAAAUGUGAAGGAGAGGAAUAUGACUACUCGAGUUACUAUGACACAGACGCAACAACAACUUCUCCUCCCGUUCGCAUCCGAUAUGAGGAUGUGGAAAUCAACGAUCAGCAUUGCUACCCAACAGAUGACACGCCAGAGAUAUUUAGAAAUGUCACAAAACUUCUUGAUGUCACCCCAUUGCUUGUGCCUGAAGGUGGGGAAGCUUUACUUUUCAUCAGCAACCUAAGUCCUACAUUUGACCUCAGUGCUGCAGGAAUGCGUCAAUCUCAGAUAAUCUUUACUGUCCAGAAUGAUCCCUGGUACGGCUUGGUUGACAUUAACACUAGUACAAGACGCACCCAAAAGUUCACUCUUCUCGAUGUCAUCAAUAAAAAAAUUAAAUAUAUGCAUGAUGGAAAUGAAAGGCAUGCAGAUCAAGUCCAGCUGCAGGUGGUUGCUGAAAGUAACGACUACCUUCCAGAGUGUUUAAAGACUCCUCAAGAGUAUGUCCUCCCAAUUGAAAUUAUUCCAGUCAAUGAUAUACCUCAACUUGGUGGAGGAGAAAUCACCAUCACAGAAAACGGCAGAACUCGUUUGAGUCCCGGCCUUAUCAAAAUCACAGAUUCUGACACCCGCUGUGAUGAAUUAGUAGUAACUGUGACCUCAGAGCCUUCCAUGGAAGCUGGUUACUUAGAAAACGGUCAGCAGCCAGGAAGAAGCAUUUCAGAGUUCACUUGCAGGGAAUUAAAAGAUGGAAAUAUCUAUUUCAUACACAGAGGGGGUAGAGCUACUGGAAUUACCUUGGAGGUUUCUGACGGACAGUCAGUGAGCCAUUCAACUACUUUUACCUUAUCUGUGACUAAGCCACAUAUGACUAUCGUCACCAACACUGGCCUUCUCUUGUCUCAAGGAAGCAACGCCUCCAUAGGUGGCCAAAAUCUGGCUGUCAUCGCUCAUCCUCGUAAUGGUGAUAUUCUGUAUAACAUCACAGAACCUUUGAUAUUUGGAGAACUACAAAUAAGGACAAGUAAUGGAAUGUACAAGCAGGUUACAACUUUCCAUCAAUUUGAUCUGGAUCAAGACCACCUUAGAUACGUAAGCACAGACUCGGCUGACCAGGAAGAUAUUGUGAGCGAGCGGAUUCAAUUCAACGUCCACCUGGGGCAGUACUCCAUCGGGAACAACACCUUCUUGGUCAAGAUCAUGCCUGCACAAGUGAAAGUUUCUACCCUGGUUCCACUAGAGAUGGAGGUAGGUGAAGCGCAAACAAUAGGACUCACAGAGCUUCAAGCCGAAGUAAAAGGGAAAAACCCAGAUCCACAAACUGUAAAAUACAUCCUUUUCAAGCCUCCAACACUCGGUAGUCUCCAGUUGUCAGACAGAGAGUUAAAUGAGGGAGACAUCUUCACACAGAAGGACAUUUUGGACAGUACUAUUAGCUACGUGGUGCGUGUGCAAAGAGCUGUGGAUACUCUAGACCAGUUCCAGUUCAGAGUCCUUGCUGAUGAUCAGUACUCCCCUCUGUACACCUUUCCCAUUACCAUCCUCGGCAAUGCCGAUGCUCCUGUUUUGACCAAUGAGAGGCUGGUUGUCUUGCAUGGCGGUGAGAAUACUCUGAACAAAAACUAUCUUUGGAUUCAUUCUCCAGGUUCUACAGAUUUGAUGUACCGGGUCACACAGGUGCCAAAGUAUGGGCGACUGAUAAGGGACUCCCCACCCGGGCAGCCUAGAUUUGAGGGGGCGAUAAGAGUAUUCAGCAACGAAGACCUCCAGGCUGGAAGGCUUAUUUACAAGCAUGAUGGCUCUAAGACAAGCAGUGAUGAGUUCCAUUUCUCAGCGUUUGAUCAAGGAGCAGAAAAUGACGAUGAGGAAGUAGCGAGUGGAGUUUUCAGAAUAUCCAUCCAAUCUAAGAACGAGCAUGCUCCUGUGAGGGUUGUGGACAACGUCUUCAACAUAGUCCGCCACGGUCAGCGUCUGCUUACAACUGAUGUCAUCCAGUUUAAAGAUGACGACUCAGGUUUCAAUGACACACAAAUUGUCUACGCUCGUGAGGGAAUCCUCUCAGGCAACAUCGUCUCAACAUCUAAUCCUUCACAGCCCCUGUUCCGUUUCACACAAGCCGACCUGCGAGAUAAGAACAUCCUCUUCAUUCACCACGGAGCAGACCGAGAGCGCUUCUCCCUUCAGGUGUCAGAUGGCUUCCACAAGACCACCGCGCUGCUUGAGAUCCAGGCAGGUGAGCCCUACUUGCGAGUAGUAAACAACACCAUCAUUGUCAUCGACCAUGGAAGCACCAAGACCCUUAACACCAGCCUGUUGAGCGCUGACUCCAACAUGGACAUCAGAGACGACAGUGAGAUCAAGUUCCUGGUCAUAUCGCCACCCAACGACGGCAGGAUUAUUGUGAGUGGGAUUGAGGCUGCAGAGUUCACCCAGGAGGACCUGAAAAAAGGCGUCGUCUCGUAUGAGCAUAAUUAUGAAAGUCUUAGAUCCAAGGACUCCUUCGGCUUCACCGUCGAAGCAAGAGGACAUUCUGAAGAAGGCACAUUCAGGAUUAAAAUAUUCAAGCAAGGUUACCUUUCUGAGCCUGAGGUGAUAACCAAUGAGGUCAUCAUUUCCUAUGAGGGAGAGCACACCAUAAUCAAUCAGGAUAACCUCAAGGUGGACCAAGCUGAUAUUCUUCCUACAGAAAUGGUGUUCACCAUUAAAGAGCCUCCUCGUCUCGGCCACGUGGUCAAACUGACAAACAGCUCGGACAGCACAGCCUCGCCUGUCCUCAACUACAUUCACUCCUUCACUCAGGAGGACAUUGAUCAGGGACGCAUUCUCUAUGUGUCUGCAUCCAUCCAGGGCAAUGACGCUUUCAAAGUUGAUGUCAGCAAUGGUUUUAAUACCGUGGAGGACCUGCAGAUCUCUGUGAACAUCGUGCCCCGGCUCAUUCCCAUCCAGACCUUCAACUUUACAUUGAAGGAAGGCCUCAAUAGGGCAAUUGACGCAGAGAUUGUUAACAUCUCACACCCCUUCUACACCUCAGAAAACAUCGACUUUGUUGUGGAAGAGGCACCGCAGCACGGGGAGAUCCGUUUCCUGGAUGGAGACGAAAUCACCUACUUCUCAUGGGAUGAGCUAAAACUUGGACGCGUCUACUACAUGCAUGACAGCACCGAGAGCACGGAGGACAGUUUUACACUCUCUGCCACGGCUUAUGAUAUUGACCGGCGGAGCCUCCCCGUCACCAUCUCGGUGACUGUCAUACCAGUCAACGACGAGCCGCCAAAACUGACACGCAACACAGGACUGGAGGUUCUUGCUGGAGAGGAAGCUGAUAUCACCUCCAGCAUGCUGAGCACUGAGGACGCCGACACUCCUGCAGAGGAACUGGUUUACAACGUCGAGGUGCCAACCAGUGGGAUGGUGGCGUUGAAAGAGGCGCCCGAAGAGGGCAUCCUAAAUUUCACACAGGCUCACAUAAACAAAGGGGAGGUCAUCUUCAUUCACGAGGGUGAGGAGUCUGGUGGUUUCAGUUUCACAGUGACAGACGGCGAGCACACAUCUCCUCUCUACCAAUUUGUUGUCACAGCCAGGCCUCUCACCAUCACCAUGGUAACGCAGGAGGAGCUCAUGGUAUUUCCAGGAACAAGGCAGUCUAUCACGAGUGCCAAUCUGGGGGCUGUGACCAAUGAGGAUGGCAAUGAGAUAAGCUACUCUCUUAUCCGCCCACCUCGUUUGGGAAGACUGAUCCUGGCCAAUGACAGGAACCAGUAUGAGGAAAUUACCCGCUUCUCACAAACACAGCUGGAGUCAGGAGUGGUCUACUAUGAGCACCAGAUACCUGCGGAGCCUUUUUGGGUGGUGAGGGACUCCGUAGAGCUAACUCUGUCAUCCCAACCAGCUCCUGAUGUCCGUCACAUCCUGCCCAUCACUGUCUCUUACUUUGCUGCUCACAGCAACAUCUCCUCACAGCUAUGGAAGAACAAAGGUUUGGAAAUUGUGCAAGGCCAGAGGAAAGCCAUUGAUGAUUCAAUUCUUGAUGCCUCCAACCUUCUGGCUAUUCUACCUGAAGUUGAGCGAGACGAUGUGGAUGUGGUUUUUGAGAUCAAGCGUUUCCCUGACCACGGUCGUAUCACCCUGGGUGGCCAGGACCUGCCCCGUAAUGCCCCAUCCUUCAUGCAAGAAGAUGUUACCCAGGGAAUGCUGGAGUAUUUCCAUGAUGACUCGGGGGCCCCGUCUGACAGCUUCUCUUUCAGAGCCCGUCUAAAGUCUGAGGGUCAGGAUUUGGCCUCACCUGCCGAAUCUGUGGUCCUGGAGGAGAUGUUUAACAUCUCAAUCAAACGCCGCGGCUCUGACUCCCCCGAACUGGUCACUAUAGACAUGCUCUUGGAGGUUCUUCAAGGCUCCAUGACCCUUUUGACUCAGAAGCAUCUUAACACUCAAGACGAGGACAGCCCGCCAGAUGAGGUGCACUUCAAAGUUACCAAGGCCCCUGGCAACGGUCAUCUGGUUGACUCCCUCACAAUGGACCCCAUCUCUGGGUUCACACAGGAGAUGGUGAAUCGUGGGCAGGUGGGCUUCUUCAGCGAUGGCAGUCUUGCCGGUGGAUUUAUGGAAUUCAUUGUGUCGGAUGGAGAACACCAAACAGAGCCACACACGCUCCACAUCGGCGUCCUUGCUCGCACCUUGUUCCUUGACAAAGCUCCUGAGAUCAAGGUGAAGCAAGGCGAUGAUGAGACCCUGGUGACUGAGGAGAUGUUGAAGGCCACUACUGGAGGCCCUGUUGAGGAGGACAUCCUUUACAAGAUCACAAGUGUACCUAAGUAUGCAGCUGUCAUGGUAGAUCGGCAGCCUACAUCCGCCUUCACCCAGAAACAGAUCAAAGAGGGAAGAGUCAGUGUCCGCUUUGUUAAGUCCACUUCACCUCGAGACAGUGUUGCAUUUGUGGCCCGUAGCAGGGCUGCAAAUGUCUCCUCUGUCCUCAACAUCACGGUCCAGCCUCUGGCCAACAUCGCUCAGGAUCCUCUCUUACCCCAAGGUGCUCUUGUCCAAUUGGACAGGAAGCUCCUGGAUGCCACUCCCCUGGCAAACAAGACCAGAACCUCUCCAACAUUCACAGUCAUCCAACAGCCCCGCGGGGCUCGCUUUGUGAGGUCUGGAGGUCCUGGUGCAGGUCAGCCAGUUGACACAUUCAGCCAGAAGGAACUGGAUGAGGGGCGAGUAGCUAUGGAAAUCCUGAAUAGCGCUCCUGGAUCACAAGGUAGUGUCAGUCAGGACGAGGCCCGCUUCCUGCUCAAAGCCCAUGGGGUUCCUCCAGCAGAAUGUGUGCUUUCCUUCCAGACAGGCCCCUACAAUGCUUCUGGGGUCUACCCUGUCACUCUGUUGAGGAUUCCCUCAGAAGCCCCAUCAAAGGACAGUAAUGACCUCCCUGGUGCUGGGUCGCCUCGUUCCACCUCAGCUAGCCCCAAAUUGAGCGGCAACAUGGACUGGCCUUAUGGAGAUGCCCCCACAACAACAUCUUCUGGCUCUAACGCCCAUGGGAAAACACAUGUUCACCGGCGCAGCAACUUCUGGUCUAUUCUCAUACCGAUCCUGGUAAUUCUUCUCCUCUUAUUGCUGGCAGCCAUCUUGGCCUACUACCUGAUCCGUAAAAACAAAACAGGCAAGCACAACGUCCAGACCGCAGCAACCAAGCCUAAAAACGGGGAGGUGGCCAGCGCGGAAACCUUUCGCAAAACUGACCCAGCCAAUAACAUCCCCAUGUCCAACAUGGACUCCAAAGACGCAGACCCGGAGUUGUUGCAGCACUGUCGGACAACGAACCCGGCCUUGAAAAAGAACCAGUAUUGGGUCUGAGACAUUUUGAGAUAAGACACAGAGGGAGAUGCUCCUCAAUUGUUUUGAAGUCUCCUGAAAUCAUUCCUCUCAGUAUUAAAGACCUCUUGCCACAGCAGUUCAAAUGAAAAUCAUGUUUUGACACCAUUUGUUAUUUACUUAUCUCAACAUAACUGUGGACAAAUUCUCAGGCAAUGAAACACUGAAUACUUAUUGGCAAAGAAAGAGGCACUUGCUUAUCUAAGGAGGCUCAGGCCAUGUCUAUUUAUUUUAGUUUUAUCAUUCCUCUUGUCAAAGGGCACAAAUGAAGACAUAAACAUGCCAAGUGUUUGCAAAAAGUAUGGUGGGUGUGCUCUGUCAUUGUAUUCCAUAUGAUAUCAUAGGCCUAUAUUAUUCAUUUCAGUGGAUAGGUGAGCUAUAGUCUUUGUGAUGUUUUGAUUUUAGUUUUUCAUUCAUCAGAAAAGUUGAUAAGCCUUGUACAUAGAUGAUGAGGUAAAUAUAUGCUGUAUUAUCGAGAAGUUGAAAAACUGCCUCUUUGCAUUUUCUCUUUUAUUUUUCAAUACUUUUAAGGUACCAUUGUAUUAUGUUUCUCAGGGCUAAAUUCAGUUUAAAGGAAUAGUACAACAUUUUGGAAAAUACGUGAAUUCACUUUUAUUUCAGAGAGUUACUGUAGAUUAGAAGAUUGAUUCCACUCCAAUAUUUGCCUGUUAAAUACUAAGCUACAGCAAUGAGAUGUUAACUUUGCUAAAUCUAAGGGGGAAACAUCUAAGCUGGUUCCAUUCAAAGGUAAAGUCAGUCAGUCGCCCUACGCAUCGAACUAUGACUUAACGUGGCCAUAGUUAUAGCAGGAGUGAAUGAGAAAGUCAGGUUACAUUGGUUAAAGAGUGAGAAGGUUCAAAAAAGAUAUAGAAUUAAAUAGUUACAUUUUUUUCCACAUGUCAUGUAUGAAAAUAUCCAAAAUGAACACUGUAAGCAGACAAGUUGAUUACUAUAAGCACAAUAUUAUAACAGCAAAUGUAUAGGACUGAUUCUGUUCCAAGCUUUUUGAUCAAUAUAAUCGGUUGAUCUCUGUAACUGUGAACAUGCGGUCUAAACUUAACCAAGUUGUUUCCUAUGAAAACGGGAGUUUAUUUUGAAAGGACAGUGUAUGCAUGUAAUAAAGAGGAAAUUGACAUGUGGAAAACUGGCGCUAGAGGGGUACCAAGAGCGCCAUAGUUUGACGCGUAGGGCCACUGAUGAAGCUGUCAUAAUAGGCGAGUUGGGAGUGAAAACGUAAGCUCUCUAACCAACAUGUUAUUUACAAGAAGACCAGAAGUUGUGGUUUUAUGUGGGGUUAUAUGCCAGAGUAUUUCUUGGCUGGACGCAGUGACUUCCUGAACCAGGCUAGCUGAAACAAGCUAGCUGUCUGUCUGUCUUCUGCUAUCCUCAGCUAACUGUCUCUAGGCUGUAGCUUCAUAUUUAACGGACACAUAUGACACUUUCUUCUUGUCUAACUCACAGUUAGAGAGCAAAAUAACAAAAAAUGUCAAACUAUUACUUUACCGUCAUCACAGAUUUACAUUUUAGUAGUAUUCUUUUGUGUGGAAAGAGGAGAACUUAAUAAUAAAAACUGUUUAAAAUGAAAAAGUUGUUGCGACAACUUGCGCAGGUUUGAUUGAAUUUAGCUCCGAGUUAUGUCAUCAUCUGUCAUAUGUUAUUAUUUCUGCAUGCUUCCAAAGUGCUUGUAAAUAUUCACUGGACUGGCACAGCACUGACCGCAAACCUACAGAGUACACAGUUUGUAGACCACAGGCAGGAGGUUAUUUUGGUAGCGUUGGUCUUUAAAACAUCCGUAUUGGCUGACAGGCACGGUUGAGGUCAUCUCCAACUGGGAUGUUUCCAGUUUCCAAGUCUGCAAUUAAGAAUUUAUAAAAGCUAGUUGGUGCUAGGAGGGGGGAUAAUGAAUAAAAUGCUCCAUGGUUUAGCUAACAUUGUUGGGGAAAAUAAAGAUAUUUACAGAGUUUCUUUUUAAAUCUUCACAGCUAUUUUUUUUAUUUUAAGCAUUCCAUAUGUAAGCUAAAUAUACAAACUGUCAUAUAUUGAAAUUGUGAGAUUUUCUACCUUUUUUUCGACUUUUUUUGUAUGUUGAAACUAAGAUUAGUGUUGCUGUCAAUCAGUCUCUUUUUGUUUCUGUUGGGGCGUCUUUAUCGUCACUCUGACCUGUGACGGUUAUCUGGUUGUUGAAUGUUGAGUGAAGUACUUAAGGUGAAGUAGAAAGUAUACAAUGAGAAAACCAGAUACGUUUUUUUUAAUCCACUUAAGAAAAGAAAGACUCAACUAUUUUGUUUUCUAAAAGGUGUUUGACUAUUUGCUGUACAUUUCUUUUCUCAAACUGUAUACCGAUGACACCUUAUUCUUUGUUAGUCAUAUACUGAAUAUUGAAUAGUUUCUUUGCAGUAUUCUUCUAUUGAACUUAUAUUUUUGUAGUGUUUUGAGAACAGGAAAUGUGGGUAGAGAUUUUACAGACAGCACAGAGCUCAGGAAGUAAUGUGUUUAAGUAGACUGUCUAUUUACAGUGACAUCUUUAACAGAUAGCUGAAAUAAAUAUAUUGGUUUCUCCUCCAGGAGAUCACAUCCACAUCUUACCAGUUUUAUGUGUAAAUAUUUGUUUUUUCAGUAAGACUUUUGGGCUUGAUUAACAUCUCGAAAUAUAUAUAUAUCAUGAUUUGUACAUGUAACCACAUUUAAUUAGAUUGAUCAACUGCAAAGUAUGCCUUUGUCUAUGUUUGUCUGUCUCUUUUUUUACGUUUGUGUGUGUUUGUUCAGGUGCCCGUCACUCUUCUCCUGUCUGCUUAUCGAAGGCUGAGUUCAUGGCAGAGUUUCAUCACCACCCCUCAUUUCUCCUUAUUUAUUAUUUCUGUCACUCCCCAUACAUCAAAUCAUACUCAAGUUAUGUACUUUGUCAGAGAUUAAUUUGUAAUCUGUAAACUACAGGUGCCUUUAAAAAUAAUGAUAAUACAAAGCAAUGUUUAGAUUAUGGAAUAAGAGAAUUGUCUUUUGCUGCAAAAUGCCUCUGAGCUUCAUCUCGGCACUA